GAAACUAAAUCAGUUCAAAUCACAUUUGAACAUCACAUUUUUCAAACCCCAGAAUAAUAGAAAUUAGAUGAUCGCAGUCAUGGCCGGAAAACAGUUGAGUCGCUGGGAUUCUGAUCAAUUUUUCGGAUUUUCCGACCAAGCAGGAAGUUUUGCCGACAUUGUUUUCGGAUUCCUGGAAGAACAAGAAGAGUCCCCUAAGAGUUCCUGCGACUCAAAUGAUUAUCUUGAGGAUGAUGAAGAUGAUAGCUCUUCUAGCGUUGAAGAGAACAGAAAAUUCUGGGAAACUCAAGAGGAACUUCUUCAGGCAACAUUAUAUAGGACUAGUUCCCUGGAAAUGAAAAUUCGUCAAGCAACAAAAGAUGCAGUGAGAGAGAUUAAGCAGUUAGGCUUGCGCUGUCCGUGUCAUGAACCGGCCACCGGACAAUGCCGGAAUUUUUUGCAGAGAGAGAUAUCAUUACGGCUGCAAGCUGAAGGUUAUAAUUGUGCCAUUUGCAAGUCAAAAUGGAAGAGCUCACAUGACAUUCCAUCAGGAGAACAUACUUUUCUUGAAGUGGUGGAGAAAUUAAAUUCCAAGAAAGGGGAAGUAAGAGUAGUAAUUGAACUAAACUUUCGAGGUGAAUUCGAGAUGGCAAGAGCAAGCCAAGAAUAUAAUCAACUAAUUAAUCGAUUACCCGAAAUGUUUGUUGGGAAAGCAGAGAGGCUAAAGGCCUUGCUAAAAGUAUUAUGCUCAGCUGCAAAAAAAUGCAUGAAAGAAAAGAAGAUGCACUUGGGUCCAUGGAGGAAACAUAAGUAUAUGCAAUCUAAGUGGCUGGGCACAUGUGAGAGGACGACAUCAGCAAUGGAUCCAUUGCCGGUCGGAUUUUCGGACCGGCCGACAAAGCCUAGAGCCUCCAUGUUAACUUAUGAUAUGCUACAGAAUUUGCCUGUCUUACACUGUACUGCAGUUAAAGUUUUGUGAUAGAAAAAAAUAAAGAAACAAAAGUUUCUUAUUGACUAGUUAGAGGUAGAAGUUUCAUGGUUCUUUUUUAUGAAAAUUGGUAUGGUGUUUUCAAAUGUAUGAAUGAAGAAGAUGUUAGAGAAUAGAAAUAAAACGAGAGAAAGAGAAGGAUUAUAGUUUA